AUGUUUAACCCAAGCAAAAAAUUUAUCGGGGUGGAGACCCUGAAGGCGUACAACCCCUCUACCGCCCACAGGCGCAAGGAGAGGGACGCCGAGAAGAAGAAGAACAAAGCCGAGAGAAAGAUAACAAGGGAACAGGCUCUCCUGAAGAAGAACCCGGUUGUUAUCAAGGAAGAGCUCGACAAACUGGAGGAAAUGGGUGAGCAGGCAUACGUUGCUGCUGUCGCGCUGCUGCCUCAGGUGCAGCUGCUGCAGCUGAUGGCGAUGCAACCGACGCUGACUUUAUCGCUGUCUGGGCAGACUAUGACGGAAGGCCGGACUCGGCGUCUGCAGAAGCUGCAACAGCUGUGGGCUCAAGUUGUAAGUUCUGUGGAGGCGGAGCGUCGCGUGAGGACAGCGGACGUGUCUUCCGUAGCUUCGGUGGACCCCCGCAGCAGCAGCAGCAGCAGCACCGUGAAUGCACGGUGUCUGCAGCAGCGGCUUUCUAACGGGGAACGCGUGCCGGACGAGGACGAGAGGCGUUACUAUUGCCCCGAGCUUUGCAACACAGGCAUCUUCCGCCACCCCGACGGCUCGGUCCGGCCUUACCCGCCCCCUGUGGCUAACGACAAGUCGGAGCAGCGGAGACGCUUCGUCGAGACCCAACAACGACGCAUGCGGGAAAGGCGGGGGCCCUCGAGACACUCCGACAUGAGCAGCGAUUCGGAGAGCGAAGAUGAGUCCACUGCUGCAGCAACCAACAGCAGCAGCAGCAGCAGCAGCAGCAAGAAGAUACCAGGCGCGGACACAGCUCCAGCGGGGGCGGCGGCUGAAGACUUUUUGGCUUCCAUACCUCUCCCAGCAGAGCCGCCUCCAGCUCCCAGCUCGUCACAGGUUCCAACGGUAACGGGACAGCAGCCGGCGAUGCCGGCUCCUCCCUCGAUACCGAUGGUUCCGCCGCUUCCGUUCCCCGUUCCUCCCUUAGGGGCUUACAGCGGGGCGUCUCCUCCCCCUGGUGGCCCGCAUCAAGUGGUGAGUGGGUUUCUGUCAGUUGAAUCUGGCAACAGUGGCCCCCUUAGAGGUCUGAUGGUUGAUUGGCUGCGCUGUGUUGUGCUCUCUGCGUCUCCACCAAAGAUGCAGGGACCUCAUGGGCCUCCAGCGUUCUUUCCUCCCGGCUUUGUGCCUUAUGUUGGGAGGCCCGUGCUUCUUUGCGCGUUUCCGCAGCCCCCCUUCAUGGGCAUCCCCGCCCCACCGUCGCAGCUCGUUGCUCACAUGCAGCAGAUGCAGCAGCAGCAGCAGCAGCCUGAGCAGCAACGCGUGCCUCCCCAUACGCAACAGGGCCCUCCGCCCUCGCAGCCGUCCCCAGGUGCUGCGGGGCUCACCAACGUGCAGAAGAGGCCCCCGCAGCAGCGGACGCCGCCUACCCCAGCGAAGAAACAGCAUACGGAUAACAAGCUAGCGGAUGCUUCGGACUUGAAGGCGGCAAUGGCCUUCGUUCCCACGCACCUGAGGACAAAGAAGUUGCCGGCGACAGCAAAGACGCAAGAGGGCCCCUCCAUUUCCCGGGUGUCUGCGUACUCUAUGGGAACCGCAGCUCUGGGGCGGCAGGGAGGCAGCGGAGGAGCCUCUGGGCAAAUAUCCGGCCUGGCGAAAUUUUUGGGAGACUCCAAGAAACAACAAGGGGAGGGCGGAGGGAUUGGGGGGGCUGCCAAAGCACCCGCACCUGCAGAUCUCGACAGGGCCUUCGACGAGUUCUUGAAGGAGGUGGGGGCCUCUUAA